CUGGUGCAGAUGCUGGAGCGGGCCGCCUUCUUCGGCGUCGCCGCCAACCUCGUGCUCUACCUCAACAGCAAGAACUUCAACUGGGCGGGCGAGCAGGCGUCGCGCGCCGCGCUCGUGUUCCUGGGCGCCUCCUACCUGCUGGCGCCCGUGGGCGGCUGGCUGGCCGACGUGUACCUGGGCCGCCACCGCGCCGUCGCGCUCAGCCUGCUGCUCUACCUGGCCGCCUCGGCCCUGCUGCCUGCCACCGCUGUGCCAGAUGGCCGCCGCUCCUUCUGCGGCGAGGUGCCCCCUUCUCAACUGACCCCCGCUUGCCCCUCACCCGGCUGCCAGCUCGCCUCGCCCAGCCCCUACUGCGCGCCCACCCUCUAUGCCGGGCUGCUGCUCCUCGCCCUGGCCGCCAGCUCCGUCAGGAGCAACCUCACCUCUUUCGGUGCUGACCAGGUAAUGGAUCUUGGCCGAGACGCCACCCGCCGCUUCUUCAACUGGUUUUAUUGGAGCAUCAACCUGGGUGCUGUGCUGUCGCUGCUGGUGGUGGCCUUCAUCCAGCAGAACAUCAGCUUCCUGCUGGGCUACAGCAUCCCCGUGGGUUGUGUGGGCCUGGCCUUCUUCACCUUUCUCUUCACCACCCCCAUCUUCAUCACCAAGCCCCCCACCGGCAGCCAGAUAUCCUCCAUGCUUAAGCUCGCUUUCCGAAACUGCUGCCCCCGACUGGGCCAACGACACUCUGACAGAGACCCCCAGGGUGCCCACCUGCUUCCUGACCAGAGAUUUCCCCAGCCUGGCGCCUCCUCCCAAGAGGACAUUGCCAACUUCCAGGUGUUGGUGAAGAUCUUACCUGUCAUGGUGACGCUAGUACCCUACUGGAUGGUGUACUUCCAGAUGCAGUCCACGUAUGUGCUCCAAGGUCUUCACCUCCACAUCCCGAACAUUUUCCCAGCCAACCCUGCCAACAGCUCCAUGGCUCUGAAAGCCCAGGGCAGCUAUACGAUCCCAGAAGCCUGGCUCCUUCUUGCCAACGUAGUGGUGGUGCUGAUUCUGGUCCCUCUGAAGGACCACCUGAUCGAUCCUUUACUGCUGCGGUGUAAGCUGCUUCCUUCGGCCCUGCAGAAGAUGGCACUGGGGAUGUUCUUUGGUUUUACCUCUGUCAUUGUGGCAGGUGUCCUGGAGAUGGAGCGUUUACACUACAUCCACCGCAACGAGACCGUGUCCCAGAAGAUCGGGGAGGACCUGUACUACGCAGCACCACUGCCCAUCUGGUGGCAGAUCCCACAGUACCUGCUUAUUGGGAUCAGCGAGAUUUUCGCCAGCAUCCCAGGCCUGGAGUUCGCCUAUUCGGAGGCCCCGCGGUCCAUGCAGGGAGCAAUGAUGGGCAUCUUCUUCUGCCUGUCAGGGGUGGGCUCGCUGUUGGGCUCAAGCCUGGUGGCACUACUGUCCUUGCCAGGGGGCUGGUUGCACUGCCCCGAGGACUUCGGGAACAUCAACAAUUGCCGGAUGGACCUCUACUUCUUCCUGCUGGCUGGCAUUCAGGCCGUCACAGCCCUCUUAUUUAUCUGGAUCGCUGGUCGCUAUGAGAGGGCCGGUCAGGGCCCAGCCUCCCAGAGCAGUCCCAGCAGGGAUAGGGGCUGAACAUGCCCCCAGCCCACCGCUGGCUUCUCGUUGCCAGGACACAGACCCCGCAGUCUCAGCUCUGGUUUCCUUCUGUUUAUUCUGUACCCGACGUUAGAAUGAAAUGGUUCCCAUAAAUAAGGGGCAGAAGCCCUUCCUCACAA